AUGGGCAGUCGCGCGGUCGCCCUUCUCUCCACCUUUGGUCUCCUACUGAGUCCCCUUGCUCCGGUGCUAGCCACCCCAGUGGGCAGCGAACCUCGCGCCCUGGGCCAGACAUUCCUAAGCACCGACUCAGAGUCUACCUCAUCCUCCCAAUCCCUCGAACAUACAUCCCACCGCGAUCACGAACAUGAUACCAUCUACGCCGACGACUCCGUCGCCGCAACAGCCGCCCCCUCAUGGUUCACCUCCACCCUGCUAGCCCGCCGGCUCCUCGCCCUCUCCACCACCGGCGUCAUCUCAACCAUCUUCCCCUCCCCCGCCCCGGGCAAAUCACACACGCCCGCCUCCCUCGCCGGCCAAUCUGUCAGCCUCCGCGAAUACAUCUCCGACUGCGACGAGCACCUCCCCUCGCACACCUCCCACGGCGGCAACGGCGACCCCACCCUCCUCGGCCUGCACGUCUCCACCACCUUCCGCAACAUCGCCGCCGGCUCGAACCUCAGCCUCUCCAUCGACUGGUGGGACCACCUGGCCGACACGAAUCCCGUCUUCCCUGGUUUCCCGCCCAGCGAGGCCGGGUUACCCCGCGCUACGCUGUUCGGGUACCUCGAGGAAUUCCCGGUCCCUGUGCCUGACGACACGAGCGUCGCGUUGACGGAUUGUUAUACGAAAACCCACCCCGACGCGCGCGUCUGGUUGCCUGGACGGCCCGGGUCGCCGCAUUCAAGCUUCUGGGCUAGGAUGGUGGUUACGGAGGUUUAUUGGAUUGGGGGCUUUGGAGGACUGCAGCAGAUCGGGUGGAUUAAUGGGACCGAGUGGAAGGGGAUUCGGAGGAGGGGGAGCUUGGCGGGCGUUGGUGAUGGGAGGGGAUGGGAGGAUGUGAGGUUGCCUGGGGAGGAAGCCCAUUAG